AUGAGCUCCGACGCGGAGAUGGCGGUUUUUGGGGAGGCUGCCCCUUUCCUCCGGAAGUCGGAGAAAGAGCGGAUCGAGGCCCAGAAUAAGCCUUUCGACGCCAAGUCCUCUGUCUUUGUGGUGGAUGCUAAGGAGUCCUAUGUGAAAGCCGUGGUGCAAAGCAGGGAAGGCGGGAAGGUGACAGCCAAGACUGAAGGUGGUACUAGCGUCACAGUUAAGGACGACCAAGUCUUCUCCAUGAACCCCCCCAAGUACGACAAGAUCGAGGACAUGGCCAUGAUGACCCACCUGCAUGAGCCCGCCGUGCUGUACAACCUCAAAGAGCGCUACGCAGCCUGGAUGAUCUACACCUACUCGGGCCUCUUCUGUGUCACCGUCAACCCCUACAAGUGGCUGCCGGUGUAUAACCCCGAGGUGGUGGCCGCCUACCGAGGCAAAAAGCGCCAGGAGGCCCCGCCCCACAUCUUCUCCAUCUCCGACAACGCCUAUCAGUUCAUGCUGACCGAUCGUGAAAACCAGUCCAUCUUGAUCACCGGAGAAUCCGGGGCAGGGAAGACGGUGAACACCAAGCGGGUCAUCCAGUACUUCGCAACAAUUGCAGUCACUGGGGAGAAGAAGAAGGAGGAAGCUACUUCCGGCAAAAUGCAGGGGACACUGGAAGAUCAGAUCAUCAGUGCCAACCCGCUGCUGGAGGCCUUUGGCAACGCCAAGACCGUGAGGAACGACAACUCCUCCCGCUUGGGUAAAUUCAUCAGGAUCCAUUUUGGUGCCACAGGCAAACUGGCUUCUGCAGAUAUUGAAACGUAUCUGCUAGAGAAGUCCCGAGUUACUUUCCAGCUAAAGGCUGAAAGAAGCUACCACAUAUUUUAUCAGAUCAUGUCCAACAAGAAACCAGAGCUUAUUGAGAUGCUCCUGACCACCACCAACCCGUAUGACUUCGCCUUCGUCAGUCAGGGAGAGAUCACAGUGCCCAGCAUUGAUGACCAGGAAGAGUUGAUGGCCACAGACAGUGCUGUGGACAUCCUGGGUUUCAGCGCUGAUGAAAAGGUGGCCAUUUACAAACUGACAGGGGCUGUAAUGCAUUAUGGGAACAUGAAAUUCAAGCAAAAGCAACGGGAAGAGCAAGCUGAGCCCGAUGGCACGGAAGUUGCUGACAAGGCCGCCUAUCUGACAAGUCUCAACUCUGCUGACCUGCUCAAAGCCCUCUGCUACCCCAGGGUGAAGGUCGGCAACGAGUACGUCACCAAGGGUCAGACUGUGCAGCAGGUGUACAACUCAGUGGGUGCCCUGGCCAAGGCCGUCUACGAGAAGAUGUUCCUGUGGAUGGUCACCCGCAUCAACCAGCAGCUGGACACCAAGCAGCCCAGGCAGUACUUCAUCGGGGUGCUGGACAUCGCUGGCUUCGAGAUCUUUGAUUUCAACAGCCUGGAGCAGCUGUGCAUCAACUUCACCAACGAGAAGCUGCAGCAGUUCUUCAACCACCACAUGUUCGUGCUGGAGCAGGAGGAGUACAAGAAGGAGGGCAUCGAGUGGGAGUUCAUUGACUUCGGGAUGGACCUGGCUGCCUGCAUCGAGCUCAUCGAGAAGUGGCUGGACAAGAACAAGGACCCCCUGAAUGAGACGGUGGUCGGGCUGUACCAGAAGUCUGGCCUAAAAACCCUGGCUUACCUCUUCUCGGGGGCACAAACUGCUGAAGCAGGUAUGUUAGCAUCCAUCUCCUCCAAGAAUCAUACACACACAAAUAAAUUUCUGGUUAUCAUAGACAGAAUACAGGAGAAUUUAAAUAAGCUGAUGACCAACUUGAAGAGCACUCACCCCCACUUUGUACGCUGUCUCAUUCCCAAUGAAACUAAAACCCCAGGGGCCAUGGAGCACGAGCUUGUGCUGCACCAGCUGAGGUGUAAUGGUGUGCUGGAAGGCAUCCGGAUCUGUCGGAAGGGGUUCCCCAGCAGAAUCAUUUAUGCAGACUUCAAACAGAGAUACAAGGUUCUAAAUGCAAGUGCCAUCCCGGAGGGUCAGUUCAUCGACAGCAAGAAGGCUUCAGAGAAGCUGCUGGGGUCUAUUGACAUUGACCACACCCAGUACAAAUUCGGUCACACCAAGGUUUUCUUUAAAGCUGGCCUACUGGGAACUCUAGAGGAGAUGCGAGAUGACAAGCUGGCUCAGCUCAUCACACGCACGCAAGCCAUGUGCAGAGGGUACCUGAUGAGAGUGGAGUUCAAGAAAAUGAUGGAAAGGAGAGAGUCCGUCUUCUGCAUCCAGUACAAUGUCCGCGCCUUCAUGAAUGUGAAGCACUGGCCCUGGAUGAAGCUGUACUUCAAGAUCAAGCCCCUGCUCAAGAGCGCAGAGACGGAGAAGGAGAUGGCCAACAUGAAGGAAGAAUUUGAGAAGGCCAAGGAAGACCUGGCUAAAUCAGAGGCCAAAAGGAAAGAGCUCGAAGAAAAGAUGGUAGCGCUGAUGCAAGAGAAAAAUGACUUGCAACUCCAAGUUCAAUCUGAAGCAGAUGGCUUGGCUGACGCAGAGGAGAGAUGCGACCAGCUGAUCAAAACCAAGAUCCAGCUGGAGGCCAAGAUCAAAGAGGUGACAGAGAGGGCUGAGGACGAGGAAGAGAUCAACGCCGAGCUGACGGCCAAGAAGAGGAAGCUGGAGGAUGAAUGCUCCGAGCUCAAGAAAGACAUAGACGACCUUGAGCUGACACUGGCCAAGGUGGAGAAGGAGAAACAUGCCACGGAGAACAAGGUGAAAAACCUCACCGAGGAGAUGGCAGGCCUGGACGAGACCAUCGCCAAGCUGACCAAGGAGAAGAAGGCCCUCCAGGAGGCCCACCAGCAGACCCUGGAUGACCUGCAGGCCGAGGAGGACAAAGUGAACACUCUGACCAAGGCCAAGAGCAAGCUGGAGCAGCAAGUGGAUGAUCUGGAAGGCUCUCUGGAACAAGAAAAGAAACUUCGCAUGGACUUAGAAAGAGCCAAGAGAAAGCUGGAGGGAGACCUGAAAUUGGCCCAAGAAUCCACAAUGGACAUAGAAAAUGACAAACAGCAACUGGACGAGAAACUCAAAAAGAAAGAGUUUGAAAUGAGCCAUCUGCAAAGCAAGAUUGAAGAUGAACAGGCCCUUGGUAUGCAGCUGCAGAAGAAGAUCAAGGAGCUGCAGGCUCGCAUUGAGGAACUGGAGGAGGAAAUCGAGGCAGAGCGGGCUUCCAGGGCCAAAGCCGAGAAGCAGCGCUCUGACCUGGCCAGGGAGCUGGAGGAGAUCAGCGAGCGGCUGGAAGAAGCCGGAGGGGCAACGUCCGCCCAGAUUGAGAUGAACAAGAAGCGGGAGGCGGAGUUCCAGAAAAUGCGCAGGGACCUGGAGGAGGCCACCCUGCAGCACGAGGCCACCGCGGCCACCCUGAGGAAGAAGCACGCGGACAGCGUGGCCGAGCUCGGGGAGCAGAUCGACAACCUGCAGCGGGUCAAGCAGAAGCUGGAGAAGGAGAAGAGCGAGAUGAAGAUGGAGAUCGAUGACCUUGCCAGCAACAUGGAGACGGUCUCCAAAGCCAAGGGAAACUUUGAGAAAAUGUGCCGCACCCUAGAGGACCAGCUUAGUGAAGUGAAAACCAAGGAAGAAGAGCAACAACGCUUAAUCAACGAGCUGUCCACCCAGAAGGCGCGGUUACACACAGAGUCAGGUGAAUUCUCACGCCAGCUAGAUGAGAAGGAUGCUAUAGUUUCUCAACUGUCGCGGAGUAAACAAGCAUUCACACAACAAAUCGAAGAACUAAAGAGGCAGCUAGAAGAGGAAUCUAAGGCCAAGAACGCCCUGGCCCACGCCCUGCAGUCCUCGCGCCAUGACUGUGACCUGCUGCGGGAACAGUUUGAGGAGGAGCAGGAGUCCAAGGCCGAGCUGCAGCGGGCCCUGUCCAAGGCCAACAGUGAGGUGGCCCAGUGGAGGACCAAAUACGAGACGGAUGCCAUCCAGCGCACAGAGGAGCUGGAGGAGGCCAAGAAGAAGCUGGCCCAGCGUCUCCAGGAUGCCGAGGAGCACGUGGAGGCCGUGAACGCCAAAUGCGCUUCCCUCGAGAAGACGAAGCAGCGGCUCCAGAACGAGGUGGAGGACCUCAUGCUGGACGUGGAGAGAACCAACGCGGCCUGCGCGGCGCUGGACAAGAAGCAAAGGAACUUUGACAAGAUCCUGGCAGAAUGGAGACAGAAGUACGAGGAGACGCAGGCGGAACUGGAAGCCUCUCAGAAGGAGGCCCGCUCCCUCAGCACCGAGCUGUUCAAGGUGAAGAACGCCUACGAGGAGUCCCUGGACCACCUGGAGACCCUGAAGCGCGAGAACAAGAACCUGCAGCAGGAGAUUUCUGAUCUGACGGAGCAAAUCGCAGAAGGAGGAAAGCAUAUUCAUGAGUUGGAGAAAGUAAAGAAACAGAUUGAUCAAGAGAAGAGUGAACUGCAGGCAGCCCUCGAGGAAGCAGAGGCAUCUCUGGAACAUGAGGAAGGCAAAAUUCUUCGCAUCCAGCUUGAGCUAAAUCAGGUAAAGUCUGAGAUUGACCGGAAAAUUGCUGAGAAAGAUGAAGAAAUUGACCAGCUGAAGAGGAACCACAUCCGCGUGGUGGAGUCCAUGCAGAGCACGCUGGAUGCCGAGAUCAGGAGCAGGAACGACGCCCUCAGGGUCAAGAAGAAGAUGGAGGGAGAUCUCAACGAGAUGGAGAUCCAGCUGAACCAUGCCAACCGCCAGGCUGCGGAGGCAAUCAGGAACUUCAGAAACACACAAGGAAUACUGAAGGACACUCAGCUACAUUUGGAUGAUGCCCUCAGAGGCCAAGAUGACCUUAAAGAGCAACUGGCCAUGGUGGAGCGCAGAGCCAAUCUGAUGCAAGCUGAGAUUGAAGAGCUAAGGGCAUCCCUGGAACAGACGGAGAGGAGCAGGAAGGUGGCAGAACAAGAGCUGCUGGAUGCCAGUGAGCGCGUGCAACUCCUGCACACCCAGAACACCAGCCUGAUCAACACCAAGAAGAAGCUCGAGACGGACAUCUCCCAACUGCAAGGAGAGAUGGAGGACAUUGUCCAGGAAGCCCGCAACGCAGAAGAGAAGGCCAAGAAGGCCAUCACCGAUGCGGCCAUGAUGGCCGAGGAGCUGAAGAAGGAGCAGGACACGAGUGCCCACCUGGAGCGGAUGAAGAAGAACCUGGAGCAGACGGUGAAGGACCUGCAGCACCGGCUGGAUGAGGCGGAGCAGCUGGCCCUCAAGGGGGGCAAGAAGCAGAUCCAGAAGCUGGAGGCCAGGGUGAGGGAGCUUGAAAAUGAGGUUGACAAUGAACAGAAGCGCAAUGUUGAAACUGUCAAGGGUCUUCGCAAACAUGAGAGAAGAGUGAAGGAGCUCACCUACCAGACCGAGGAGGACCGCAAGAAUGUUCUCAGGUUGCAGGACUUAGUAGACAAACUACAAACCAAAGUUAAAGCUUACAAGAGACAAGCCGAAGAGGCGGAGGAGCAAUCCAACGUCAACCUGGCCAAGUUCCGCAAGAUCCAGCACGAGCUGGAGGAGGCCGAGGAGCGGGCCGACAUUGCCGAGUCCCAGGUCAACAAGCUGCGGGUCAAGAGCCGGGAGGUGCACACCAAGGUCAUCAGUGAAGAGUGA